GAAUAUGCAAUUGAUCCGCCUGUCUCACUUGCGCCCUGGCAGCGUAAAUAUCACUUCAUCUGUGAGUCGGGCCUAGUCAUCGACCCUCGGGCCCAGCACGCUGAGGCUCAGGACAUGUCCAAGUGGUCAGAUGACGAGAGGAAUAUCUUCCGUGAACGCUUUAUGAUCACACCUAAGAACUUUACUUCCAUUGCCUCUUACAUGGAGCGCAAAAGUGUAGCCGAUUGCAUCCACUACUACUACAUGAGCAAAAAGGCUCUUGGAUACAAGAACAUGGUUAAGCGGCACAAUGCUCGCCGAAAACGUGCUGCUCAAACAGAACGUAGUGGCGGAGGCGGAGGGAGCGGUAGUGGAACUGGAUCAGGUGCAUCCGGUAUCAACGGUUCGUCUCAUGGCUCGCAUGGAGCCCCAGCUACUGCUGGUGGUGGUGGAAAUCACGCUCACACACAAUCUCAUUCCCCAACAAACGGUUGCACUAGUUCUACCGACCAGUCCGCUAGCAGUCAUCAGGAUGGCCAAACCAGUCCUAGCAUUGCCGAUAAACAUGAAGCCAAUUACCCUGACGCGCUCAAUCAUCCACCUGACAAGAAGGAAGUCACUUCCAUUAAUUCGACUACUAACAGCUUCAUCAGCACUAGCACCACGACCACUUCUGGAUCAGGGCGUGGCCGGGCUGGACGAGGUCGAGGCAUAGGUAGCAAUGCGUCAGCAACGACAUCAGUAUCAACGGCUACUACGGCCGCAACAAUGAUUUCGAACAUUGUCAUCACCAGCAGCGGUCUUUGUAGCAGCCCACGCUCUGGCAACACCAUCACUACAACCAAUUCGUCAAAUGAAAACUCCAGCAGCAAUGGAUCUAUCUUUACUUCCGCCACCUCUAUGUCAUCUUCCUUGCCUUCGAUUAUUUCUGGCACCCAAGCUAAUGGUGAAAAACGAGCUGGUUCAAUUGAUUUAGCUAAUGGUAGGCAGAACGUCCGGCAGCACGGGCAUUAUCCUCACAACAUUCAGCAACAGCAUUCUAGGCCUCCAUCUGCUCACCAAACAACUGAGGAUGCCAUUCCGUUGAGCAGGCCAACUCGGAAUACCGGUGCUCCGUGCGCCUCUUCGCAUUCACAUGAUCCGUUAAUUUCCGAGGCAAUAGGUGAUUUGCCUGCUGAUACAUCGCGAAAUUUUGCAUCUAACAAUACAGAAGGAAUAAUGCUUAAUUGCUAA